CGAGGAGAAAAUAUCAAAUAACCCAUUUCAUCUCUCUAUAAAUAGACAACCUCGAAGUUGGGAAUUCUCGUUUCGGUUUGGGCCCCUCUCUCUAUCUCUUUCUGCAUCUGUUCCAGAGGUUGUUGCAUCUCUUCUACAUUUUCUCGCUCAGGUCGAAAUGGCAAGGAAGAAGAUCAGAGAGUAUGAUUCCAAGAGACUAUUGAAGGAGCAUUUUAAGAGGCUUUCCGGUUCAGACUUGAACAUUAAAUCUGCUCAGAUCACAGAAUCAACUGAUUUCAAUGAGCUAGCAGAGAAAGAAACAUGGCUUUUGUCAGAAAAGCUAGUUGUAAAGCCUGAUAUGUUGUUUGGGAAGCGUGGGAAAAGUGGUUUAGUUGCCCUAAAGCUCGAUUUUGCUGAGGUUGCUACAUUUGUCAAAGAGCGUCUUGGCAAAGAGGUGGAGAUGGGAGGAUGCAAGGGACCUAUAACAACAUUCAUCGUUGAACCCUUCAUUCCGCACAAUGAAGAAUUUUAUCUUAAUAUUCUUUCUGAGCGACUUGGGUGUAGCAUAAGCUUUUCAGAAUGUGGGGGAAUGGAAAUUGAAGAAAACUGGGAUAAGGUAAAGACCAUAUUUGUCCCAACGGGGUCAUCCUUCACAUCAGAAACAUGUGCUCCACUAAUUGCAACCCUUCCACUUGAGAUCAAGGAUAAAAUUGAGGAGUUUAUCAAAGUAAUUUUUGCUUUAUUUGUUGAUCUGGACUUCACCUUCCUCGAGAUGAAUCCUUUUGCUUUGGUUGAUGGAAAGCCUUAUCCUUUAGAUAUGAGAGGCGAGCUGGAUGACACUGCAGCUUUCAAGAACUUUAAGAAGUGGGGUAAUAUUGAAUUUCCAAUGCCAUUCGGAAGAGUAAUGAGUCCGACCGAAAGCUUUAUUCAUCAGCUAGAUGAAAAGACCAGUGCAUCUUUGAAAUUCACAGUUUUGAACCCAGAAGGACGAAUUUGGACAAUGGUAGCUGGAGGGGGUGCAAGUGUCAUCUAUGCAGAUACGGUUGGGGAUCUUGGCUUUGCAUCUGAACUUGGGAACUAUGCUGAAUAUAGUGGAGCCCCAAAUGAAGAGGAGGUGUUGCAGUAUGCCAGAGUUGUAAUUGAUUGUGUAACUGCAAAUCCUGAUGGCCGCAAGAGAGCUCUUGUAAUUGGAGGAGGGAUAGCUAACUUCACCGAUGUUUCUGCUACAUUUAGUGGCAUAAUUAGAGCAUUGAGGGAGAAGGAAGCAAAGCUUAAAGCUGCACAAAUGCACAUAUAUGUGAGGAGAGGAGGUCCAAAUUAUCAGAAAGGUCUUGAAAAAAUGCGUUUGCUUGGAGAGGAAAUUGGCAUUCCUAUUGAGGUUUAUGGGCCUGAGGCUACAAUGACUGGCAUAUGCAAACAAGCAAUUGAAUACAUCAGUGCUGCUGCUUAAAAUCAUCAAAACCAAAUAAAAGUGUUCCUUGGCACUUCAUUCUUUUGCCUUUGGUUGUUAGUUUCAAAGCAAGUUUCAAGUAAACUACCAUCUCUUAGCAUAAUUCUACUGUACUAGAAAGCUCCGAAAGUUAAUUUUACUUCUUUAAGAACAAGUAAUGUUGUACAACUGUUAUUUAAGGUGAUGCAUCCUAUAUUUGCCAAAUUUUAAA